AUGAUCCACCGCCUGAACUCUUCUUCCCCGCCGGGGCUCAGGCGCACCUCUGCUCCACCCGUACUCCCUUCCACGCCGACUACUCGCAGACCCAGAGACACUAUCGACGUCAUGCGCGUCGAAGCCCUUCUCAACCCUGUGGAUGACGAGCACGGAUCUAGAGUCCACCAUGAAGCUGCCACCGCUCUCCUCGAGCUUAGCUCAGGACCAAGUACCCCGGCAACCUCGGUAUUGGCUCAGCUCCCUGGAGCUCACGGCGACACUCGGAACAGCCCCUUAUUCUAUUCCUCUGCUGCCUACCACACCAAUAUGCCGUCUACUGCCUCUGAGGCUGGGGAAACCUCAUCCGAAUUCGCUCCCUCUCCGUCUCCGCUUGGUGAGGGUUCACCCCUCUCACUCAUUCGCGCCGAAAACCUCACGCUCGAUCAUGACGACGAACUCCUCCUCGCACGUGGCAGCACUCUCCCUUCCAGCGACGGCGUCGAUGACGGCGACCAUGAAACCGCCGGCGACCCGCAGAACCGCGAGUUCACGUGCUGGGUGAGGCAGGACGGCUGCGCGACGGGGCAGUACACGCUGGACCUGUCGCGAAAGAUGGUGUCGGACUACUUUGGGCGCAACAAAGCGGGCACGCGCAAGGUGCAGGAAGGGCGGUGGAUCCGGGCGUGCCGCAAGCACUACCAGCGCAAGUCGUACCAGGACCAGUGGCGCUGGCACAAGGGCUUCGUGGUGAUCCAGCAGCUGCGCCUCAUCGCCGAGCAGCAGCCCAGCCCGCCGCUGCGCUUCAAGGUCAGCCUCAAGAGCAGCGAGGAGAAGCGCCUCGACCGCUACAAGAGCACCCUCGUCGACCAGAAGCGCCUCUUCGAUGCCAACGCCGACGAGGCCACCCGCGUCGACCACGACCAGCCCGACCACGCCCCCCUGGCGGUGCUGCAGGAGAUCAAGGAGUUUGUGAAGGCCAAUGGCGAUGCGGAGGCGUGCUUGGGCCUGGACGAGUGCGUGGCCUUGGUCGGACACGCGAUCGAGAUGGUCAAGAGCGAUAGGUGCCGCCGCUUGCCGCUGUUCGAGAUGAUGCCCAUGUUUGCGGAUGAGGGCAGCAAGGCGAAGAAGACGCCGUCCCCGAAGAAGGGUGCGGCCAGUCAGAAGCGCAAGCCUGCUGGUGGCAAUGGUGGCGGCGGCAGCGCUCUGAAGCGCGCGAAGGCGUGA